AUGAUUCAAAACAGAGCUACAGACGGUGGAUCAACGAGACUCAUCAUUGUAGAAAAUAUGAGUGAUGCCAUUACUGCAGAUGCAAAUGCGGCUGCCAAUGAGAUCAUUGUCGAUGAUGACUUGCAACAGCCCGAGAUGGCACCACAGGAUUUAGCCCAACCAGAAAUUGAUGCUGCUGCUGCCGCAGCAGCUGCCAGUUUGGUUGCAGAACAUGCAGCUGGAGAAGAGAAGGAUCAGGAUACUUCUGCAUUGAUUGCUGAAGCAGUGGCCGCAGCUACAGCCGCCGCCAACGGAGAAGUUACAGAUGCCGAUGUCACAGCUGCUGCAUUGGCCGUCAAGACUGACGAUGAAUCCCAAAACAAGAAGAACGAUCAGAGACGCAAGCGCUACCGUGAAAAGAGCGUCGAAGAUGACAAUGGGGAGAAGCCAGCCAAGAAGUCCCAGUCUCAUGAAGACCAGCUCUCGGCUCGCCGUUUGAAGGAUCGUCAAAGAUACGCAAACAUGACCCCGGAGCAACGUCAAGUUUACAACUCCAAGCGUCGCGAGCAGUAUCAUCGGCAGAGUGAGCUUUCUAGACAACGUCGAAGAGAACGUGAACGCACUCGUUACCACUCUCUAGACAAUGACUCGGCAAAGGAACGAAAUGUCGGUCGUGCCAAGUUGGAACGAGAACGUUACCAACGUUUGACCUCUGACGAACUAGAGGCCAAGAACCGCAAGAGACGCGAGCGGGCUGCCUUGGCGCGUCAAAAGAAAGCAGAAGCAAGAUCAGAUGCUUCAGCACUGGGGGUCGCUGCAGCUGUGGAAGCUCCCAUUCCUGCCGAGGAUGAACUUAAACAUGACGAUGAAUCCAAGGUAGAUUCCGGUGAUGCCGCUGAAGACGCAGUUGUCGCGGCUGCAACAGAAGUUGCCAAAGAAGUUGUUGCAGGUGUCGAAGAAGUCGUCUCGAUUUAA